CAACUCAACUUUCCAUUUUACAUUUUGUCCUCGAGCGUGUCGCUGCGUUCAGUUUUAGUAUUUUACUCCCGUCAAAUCACUGAAAUUUAAUGAUGGAAAUAAUAAUGUUGAAAUAGUCUUGUAUUCCAAAGUUCGACCUUCAACAUCCUAGCAACAAGCAGACGCAUUAUCGAUGCCCGUUCUCGAUUUCAUUCUAAUCAACCAAGAUUUGUUUGAUUCGAACGCGAUGAAAUAAUUCAGAAGAUAUCUUCUCGGAUGAUACUACAACCCAAUUUUUUUUUUUGUUAGAUUGUGAUUAUCUGAAAUGGCAUCAUAUUUGAUAAAUAGGGUUUUAUUGGAGAGGUAUUUGCCAAAACUAGCGUUGCAAGGACUAGCCUCAACAUGUUCGUGUCCUCGGCUAGAAAAACGUGGUAUUUACACGUUAGAUCCUAUAGAUAAGGAUGAAAGCACCUUCAACAAAAUCCUCAUAGCGAAUAGAGGAGAAAUAGCAUGUAGAAUUAUAGACACAUCCAAGAGAAUGGGCAUUCAAACUGUUGCAGUGUAUUCGGUAGCUGAUAGACAGUCGAAACACGUCAGUAAAGCUGAUGAAGCCUUUUUUAUCGGUCCUGCAGCUGCUUCUGAAUCUUACCUCAAUAUGGAUAAAAUACUGGAAGCCGUAAAAGUUACCAGAGCGGAAGCUGUGCAUCCCGGGUACGGUUUUUUAUCUGAAAAUGCCCAAUUUGUUCAGAAACUGGAGGAACAAGGGGUAUGUUUCGUAGGUCCCUCGGUGGAUUCGAUAACAGGAAUGGGUGACAAGUUGGAAUCGAAAAGGCUGGCGGCCAGGGCCGGGGUAAACACCAUUCCUGGCUACGAUGGCUUAAUAAAGGACGCAGAUCACUGUGUGCAAAUAUCUAGGGAAAUUGGGUAUCCGGUUAUGAUAAAGGCCUCGGCAGGGGGCGGGGGCAAGGGGAUGCGCAUCGCCAGGAACGAUCAGGACGCAAGAACAGGUUUCAAACUGUCUUCACAAGAAGCCAUGUCCAGUUUUGGAGAUUCUAGGAUGCUUGUAGAGAAGUUCAUAGAAAACCCAAGGCACAUAGAAAUACAAAUCUUGGGCGACAAGCAUGGAAACGCAAUUUAUCUCAAUGAGAGAGAGUGCAGUAUUCAAAGACGUAACCAGAAAGUAAUAGAAGAAGCACCCAGCGUGUUCUUAGAUGAGGAAACCAGAAAAGCUAUGGGGGAACAAGCAGUGAGGCUGUGUAAAGAGCUAGGUUACUACUCGGCUGGGACUGUGGAAUUCUUGGUGGACGAAAAUAGGAAUUUCUACUUUUUAGAAAUGAACACCAGGCUUCAAGUAGAACAUCCAAUAACUGAGUGCAUAACUGGUGUAGAUCUAGUGCAGCAGAUGUUGCGAAUUGCUAAGGGUCACAAGCUGAACAUCAAACAAGAGGAUGUGAAGAUCAAUGGGUGGGCAAUAGAAAAUAGGGUUUAUGCUGAAGACCCUUACAAAAAUUUUGGUCUUCCAAGUGUUGGUAGGCUCUAUACAUACAGAGAACCGACUAGUUUACCAGGAGUGAGAUGCGAUAGCGGUAUAGAGGAAGGGAGCGAAAUCAGUAUUUUCUAUGAUCCGAUGAUUUGCAAGCUUGUGUGUUAUGGGAAAACCAGAGAUGAAGCAAUUGAAAGGAGUAUAGCUGCUUUGGAUCAGUACAUAAUAAGGGGUGUGACCCAUAACAUACCUCUGUUAAGAGAUAUACUCACAGAGAAGAGAUUUGUUGAAGGUAGCAUCAGUACGAACUACCUGAAAGAAGUAUACGGUGAUGGUUUUGAAGGAAGAAAACUGGUGGACGCUGACAAGUAUAAGAUGUUAGCAGUAUCCGUUAGCCUAUUUGCGAAAUGGGACACAAGAAACAGGCUGUUCUUGAACGGUCCUAGGAUAAGAAUACACGAGAAAAUACGAGAUAGCUGGGAUCUCGUGGUCAAAAUGGACGAGGAAAACAUUCCAGCAAAAGUAUCACAAACUAAUGGUUUCUACGAUGUGCGAAUAGGUGAUCAAGACUUUAAAAUAACCAAGGAAGACAUCAAUUUGGCUGAGCCCCUCAUUCUGACCAAAAUAAAUGGAGAGGAACCUGUGGCGAUUCAACUGGCCUCCAGGAAUGCCCAUGGGGAACACCAGAUCAUUUUCCAAGGCACAAAAUACGACGUGAAAAUCUACACGAAACCGACAGCAAAGUACAUCGAUUUCAUCAAAACAAAACCCAAAAUCGACGUGUCUAAAAAAGUACUCGCUCCAAUGCCUGGAGUCGUAAAAAGUGUAUCCUGCAAAGUUGGAGAUAAGGUAGUAGAAGGCCAGGAACUUUGUGUUGUAGAGGCUAUGAAGAUGCAAAACUCGAUGACUUGUGGGGCCACAGGUAUAGUCAAAAUAAUGAAUAUUAAAGAAGGACAGACUGUUGGGGAAAACGAUCUCCUUAUAGAAUUGGAAUGAGGAAAUAUACUUCAUGAUUUUGCUGGAUAUGGUGAAAUGACUGGAUUACAGAUACCUCCUGUUAAAAUUUGAUAAUAAUAAGUCUAAUACUUUUAUGUAAGUAAUGAAUCUUUCGAGAGCAUAUGUAUGAGUGUUUAUAAUAUCCUCAUUGUUAUAUUCGAUGUGAAUUAAAAAAAAACAUUUCAAACCCUCCAUUAUAAUAUAAGUAUGAAAAAGAAUGAAUAAAUUCGAUUUUAAGAGAU